CUCACUUUUUGAUGUGUAUGCGUCAAUGCCGAUCUGGAGCUUUGACUUAAGAUCGAGCGCAGUACUUGUAUACCAAGAUGAACAUGAACAACAUGAACUCGCCCAUAACCCCUCGCUCGAAGUUCCUCGAGUACAAGUCCCUUGUCCAAGACGAUGCUUCUUUUUCCCGGCGAUACUUCGUGCCGCCGAAUCCGAAACUUUCCGGCAACAACGGGGUGCCGAUAAACCUCCGCUACCACACGGAUAACGUCACGGACGUGCGGUGGGUGUCGGACUUUGAAUGCCUCACCUGCAGCAUUGACUCCACGUUGUGCAAGUGGAACUUGGUGGAAGCUAGUGAAGCAGAUAAUGAGAACGGAGCCGGAUCGUCUUAUCCGAAUAGUCCAACCGCGGUUUCCUCUCCGGACUCAGCAGCCUACUUCGGAGCCGGCGGUGGAGGAUUGUCGCCAGAGAACAAUAACAGCAAUCCGCUUGUUGGUGGUACUAUGGCUUCUCUAGGGACUAAUAACAAUCAACAAACGAGUAACUCAGCCGCGGCGCAGAUAAACCUCGUCCCGGUGAAAACGGUUUCUGACGCGUCGGCAGAAGGUGUCUACUGCGUGGACGUGAUGGGGAAGACCAUCGCGACUGGGUCGAGCGGAAAGCAGCUGAAAUUAUACGGGCUAGACGAGCUGGAUUCCCUUGCGAGUUUGGACACGGAAUCGGCGGUUUACGCCGUGCGGUUUCGCGACCCACAGUUCCUGGUUUGCGGCACGAAACUGGGCUGUUGUAUGUUUUUCGACCCGGCGAGCGAAGCGUGCAUCUCGCAGAUCGAGGGGCUGCACAAGUCCGUGUUGCAAAGCGUCGACUUGUCGGAGAACAAUGGGGUGCUGACGGGAGGGAGUGAUGGUAAUUACGAAUUGAUGGUCAUGGAAAUGUUUACCGGGAGAUGAUUUACAAGGUGAAGAAGUGUGCGUUUGCUCUGUCUUCGCUGAGGAGACAUGCAUUGUAUCUGUUCGCAAAUUUUGCACCUCUUUGUACUGACGCAAGAUGAUAGCAAAAAACCCUCAAGGUAAAAUCUACCUCGUCGACCCUCGUGCGCAGAACUGGUCGCCGGCGAACUUUAGCUACGUGGCAGUUGAAAAAACCGCGAUUUACGCCGUUCGGUGGUGCGCCAACCCGAACUAUUUUCUCUCUUCCGGCGACAAUUACUGCAUUUCGCGGUGGGACGUGCGCAAAAUGUCCACGCUCUCGCGCCGCCGCGGGGAGCAAUCCGUGGUGACGAACUACUUUGGGCACAGCUCGGACGUGCGCUGUUUAGAGAUGCUGGGCGAAGAUUAUUUUGUGUCCGGCACGGCGGACGGGUCGCUUCGGAUCUGGCCCGUGGACGAGGUCGGGGCGAUUCAGGACACGCUCGUGCAGAACGAUUUCCAAAUCGAGAAGGCCGAAUCGGACCGUGCGGAGAUCGAAGUCAACGUGGUCGCCCACGCGCACAGUGAGCCGGGGCGGAAGAAGGUGCAGAAGAACCUGGAAUUACUCCACGAUUUGUACGACCGCACGUUUGAGCUGCAGGAAAUCUACAGCGAGAGGUCCGUAUCAAAUGCAAAAAUGUCUGGGUCUGGAAACUUGUGAUGCUGUGUGGCGUAUCAUGAGGAGGCGACAAUUGCUGGCUCAGCAUAGCAAGCUUCUGAGCUUCUAAGUGUUGCCUAUUCUGCAUGACAAACUACGUUUCUGCAUGACAGAAAAGUAGGGCUCUUUGGUAAUGUGCAUGACAGAAUUAAGAGUCAUGCCAGACAAGCAUGACAAACUUGCAUUCUUCCAGACCCAGACACUUUUACUUUUGAUAGUCCGCCUUGCAGUGUCUCCAAGCGACCUACCAGCUGGAUGCGCACAGCUCUAUCAAAUGUAAAAAUGUCGGGGUCUGGAAGAUUCUGAGACCUGCCAUGCAUGUUUUGCAUUGGCCAUGAUGUCUGUGGUGCAUGCCCUAGCAUCACGGAUUUUUUGAGGGCUUCGCGAUGCCUACUCCGCAUGACAAAUGCCCUCUCCGCGUAGCAAAAAUUGCAUUCCCUUUGCUGCUCAUGCAAUGCAGAUUUUUUUGGAAUCCAAAUUCAGCAUCACAAGUUGCAUCCUUCCAGACCCAGACACUUUUACAUUUGAUAAGCUCGCUGGUGUGCGGAUUGUCGGCGAGGAAGUGUCCGCAGAGCAACCACUGGAGAAUCCUCACCUCCUCGGCCGACCAAACGGUGAAGCUGUUUCGCUUGGCAAACAAGCUAGACAAAAAUCGGCAUGUCCGGUGGGUGACGCAGUACAGUUCCACGCCGGCCUACGACAACUUCGGAUUUCGCGACACCAUGGGAAGGCACGACUCGCUGACCCGGGUGUACUGAGAAAGGGCCUAGGGUAGAAUGUUGUGCUCAGCAGGUCGGAAAUAGCACGAGGCAUGUAAACUGGAGUUGGCAUCAUAGUACACAUAGAAAUUUCAAUAUUUUCAACUGAAAGAAAGGGACCAGAAAGAUCAACGCUGUAUUCUUGUUGUUGACGUCAAGCUGCUCAAAUAUUUUCAAGGUUUUGGUGUUGUCAGUGCAAAACUGAGAACAUGUCAUUUUUCGGAUCGAAGAACGCGAACAAAAACAAAAUUCAAGAUGCUCAGUACUUAUGCAAAUCUUCAGGCAUACGCAUACAGAAGGUGUGUGGUACUUGUACCCUGCAUAUUCGUGUGUGAUAGCAGUGCUCGCGUUUGGCGUUCCUCGUCGAUAGUGUGAUCGGUCAGUUUCGCUUUCGAUGUAGUGUAGCAAUAUGCAAUUCCUAGAUGUUGCGACUGCCCUUUCGUCGGUCUGCCCGUGUCUGCCAUUUUGAAAAAA